AUGAGCUGCUGGUCGUCUUGCCCUUUCUGCUCCCAGCAAGUUCUUUCCGUACAACUUGAAAGGCACGCCAAUAAUCAUUUUGAGGAUCAGGAUCAAAAUGAAGAUAUCGCCUUCGACUUCCGUUCCCCUCGGAAUAUUACGGUUGACAAUCCCAUACAAUCAGAAUCUGAUUUUCUAACAAGGUCUGAGGCCACAACGUCUAACCAAAAUACCCACUCUUCAGUCAGUUUACAGGAUACCAACCUUGGUUUUAUCUCCUUGUUGAAGAACUCUUUGGAGUGUGAUGCUGCCAGUGGUAAAUCCACUAGUAUAUUGUCGGGCUAUGUUGAUCAUUUCCAGACCUUAGAGUUUGAAGAUGUUGGGUGGGGCUGUGGCUGGCGUAACAUCCAAAUGCUUUCUUCUCAUUUGCUUGUGCAACGCCAAGAAGCAAGGGAGGUUCUAUUUGGUGGAGCUGGAUUUGUGCCUGAUAUCCCUUUGCUCCAAACAUGGCUUGAAACAGCAUGGGAGAAGGGCUUUGAUGUAGCAGGGUCAAAUGAUUUUGAUCGCAAGAUAUAUGGGAAACCAAGUUGGAUUGGUACCACUGAGUGUGCUGCACUUUUCCGUUCUUUUGGGCUUCGUGCCCGGAUUGUAGAUUUCUCUAGUUCAACCCGUGAUUAUGGAUCAAGUGUUGCCAAGAGGAAGAAACCAACCCAAGUAAUUGGACCGAUGGAUAAAUUUCUGAAUAAACCGGCUGCUGAUGCAGGUUCCAGUAAUAACAACAGGGACGAAUGUAUGGUUAAGGGUCAUCAGCUUCUUGCCAAUUGGGUGUGGUCUUACUUCUCUGACAAUAUGCUCGGCAAAUCAAGCUGCAACCAAGUUGUUGUCACUGAGAAAGCGCCCUUGUAUUUCCAACACGAUGGACAUUCAAGAACUAUAGUUGGAAUUCAAUUGAAAAGUCUUCCAAAUGGGAUGCACCAAUACAACCUACUAAUUUUAGAUCCUGCUCAUAAAACACAAGUUCUAAAAAAUUGUCUGAGCAAGAAAGUUGGAUGGCAAAGGUUUAUAAAGAGAGGGGUUCACACUCUGAAGAAGCCGGACUACCAGUUGUGUUAUAUGGAUCCUGGGAUUGCCACUGGAGCAGAGAUGGAGAAGCUUAAGAUCUUGGAUAGUACCCGUUUUGAAUUUUAAGCAUAUAUAAGGAGCAUGUAUAAGGAGCAUUAUAAGGCAUUUGCAUGCAGGGUUUUCUUGUAAAGUGGAUUGAUUUGAUUUGAUUUGAUUUGAUUUGAAUUAUAAGGAGCAUGUAUAAGGCAUUUGCAGUCGUCCCAAUCAAUCACAUGAAUAUACCUUAUGCUUUCGGUGUGAAAUUCUGAAAGUAGUACCGGUUAUAAUUGAAAAGC